UAGCCAAAUAGACUGGGCUUUAAGAAUUUUGGGUCCUCCGAGCCCAAAUUCGGGACUAGCAAGGUUUGUCAAACGAGGGGCUUUUAGAAGCAGGGGGCUGAGCAAUGAGCAUUGCGCACAAGCUGCUUGGACGAUGCCAUUUUAAUUCAUUUUGUCCAUCUGCGGACAUUUUGUUGACGGCGUUGAUACGACGGAAACUAUCUCUGUCUCGGGCUGGUCUAUCCCCAUCUCUCUGGUAUUGUUCUUUCUCUCAAUGAAUUGAGAUACUAAUUGAUGGGGCUAAUUUUAGCACGAUUUGGCUGAUCGAACCCCAAUUUGCAUUCCUUUUUAUCUAUUAGGCGAUCUUCCAAUUCAAGGCUUGGGAUUUCAGAAAACCCAAGACCUUCAUUCAGUUUUGGAUUCAAAAUUUUGAGAUUCAUUGAAACUCUGUUUCUUGGGAUUAUGAAUUUUGUUGUUGGGAACUUUUUGAGUUGAUUUUGGUGAACUGGGUUUGUCUAGUUCUUGGGAUUAAUUUCUUUGUUGGGAAUUUUUAGAGUUGAAUUGAAGUACGAAUUUUGAGAUUCAUCUUCUUGGGAUUAUUGGUGUUUGGGUUGUUGAUUUUGCUGUUGGGAAGUUUUCAAAUUGAAUUUUGGUAGACUUGGUUUGUUGAAUUUUCAAGGGUGUUUGAUAAUGGAUGGUAAUAAGGAUGAAGCUCUGAGAUGUGUUCGUAUUGCUGAAGAAGCAAUCACCUCUGGUAAUAAAGAGCGUGCGCUGAAAUUUAUUAAGAUUGCUCAACGCCUAAACCAUAAUUUGCAGGCAGAUGAACUUUUGGCUGCGUGUGAGAAGCUCGAUUCGGGGUGUCCUGUGUCUUCUAGUGAUGAAAAGUUUGUCACUGAGAGUAAGAAUGAGCCUGGCCCAGCAAAAUCUGAAGAGGGAUUAAAUGGGGAGCGUAGUUAUACUGCAGAACAUGUCCAAUUGAUUACGCAGGUUAAGAGGCAUAAAGAUUAUUAUGCUAUUCUUGGUAUUGAAAAAAAUUGUUCAGUUGAGGAGAUUAGGAAGGCAUAUAGGAAAUUGUCAUUGAAAGUUCAUCCUGAUAAGAAUAAGGCUCCCGGUUCUGAGGAGGCGUUUAAGAAAGUAUGCAAGGCAUUCAAGUGUUUAAGUGAUGGUGAUUCAAGGAGGCAGUAUGAUCAGACAGGUUUUGUUGAGGAAUUUGAGCAUAACCAGCAGUACAAUGUUAGGCGGAGGAGGAGGAGAACAGCGCAUGACUUGUUUGAUGAUGAUUUUGAUCCUGAUGAGAUAUUCAGGGCUUUCUUUGGUCAGGGAGACAUGUUUCGAGCAAGCCGUGUUUAUAGGACCAGAGAAAUGGGUGGUCAUCAGAGAGAGGAUUUGCAUGGAGGACCUAAUCUUCUGGUCCUUCUUCAAUUAUUACCGUUUCUGAUAAUUUUCUUGCUUGCGUAUUUGCCCUUUUCUGAGCCUGACUAUUCUUUGCAUAAGAAUUACUCCUACCAGAUUCCUACGAUGACCGAGAAACAUGGGGUGGAAUUUUAUGUUACAUCGUCAGCAUUUGAGAAGAAUUAUCCUCUUGGAAGUCCUGCUCGAGCUAAAAUCGAGGACAAUGUGAUCAAGGAAUACAGAAAUAUGCUUUUGCGCUACUGUCAAAUAGAGCUCCAGAGGCAUCAUUGGAAUAAAAAUCUACCAACUCCUCACUGCGAUAAGCUACAUAACUCUGGAUUAGCAUGAAGGUUUAUUACGCUAUGCAGAAGAUGGCCACUUGAAAAGAAUGACAUGGAAACUAUAAUCCAUAACAAUGGAGGCUCUUCAUAAGAAUGUUCAUGGAGGGAAGCUGGGUAAUUAUGCAGAAUCCCAUAGAUACAGAUUAGGAAGUCAGGAAGACAGUGCAGGGUGAAACCCCAAGUAACUUUUAAUUUGGUUGAGCUUUUUAAGUUGUACUUGUUUUAGGAGAAAGAUAAUUAAAAAAUGAACAAAUGAAGAUACACUUUUUAGGAGAUAUUAUUGUUAUUAUUGUUUCAGAGAAGCAGGCAGGCAAGCAAGUUGAAGCAAGAUUUGGAAAUGUGUUGAUGACAGCCUG